AUGAAUGCUGACAAGGCCAGUCAUCUCGCUGCUGUAACAGGGCUCUACAGAUCAGAUGUAACAAGGCUUUUAAGUGCAGCUGAGGGUCGGGUUGCUGCUAAUGUGUACGUGCGGUACAUGUGGACGGCUCACCGGCUCACGCGGGCUCACGUGGAAAUGUCGUUCUUUGACCAAAAGGCUGAAUCAGUUCCGGACGCAGGAGGAGCAUCAGAGGGAGUGCAGCACCUAGGCCCGGCCGGGAACAUCCCCAACCUGUGGGCCGCCAUGGUGGAGUCCGACAACAACCGCAAGCCGGACGCCUACCCCAACCCUCCCAACCCCUGUCCAAAGGGAUACACCGCUGAGGACGGCUGUAUCGAGGACAUGCCGGACACGGCUGACUUCAGCCGGCUUUACCAGGCCCGGGAGGAGGCUCUACGCGGCGGACAGGAGGAAGGUGCCCCGUACAGCAGCCCGAGAGGGCCCGGUGGCGCUCCAUACGGCAACGAACUGAAUGAACUGGAGUACUACCUGAAUCCUUACCGAGCUGGAGAGAAGCGGGAGGCGGUUGUCGCCAAGAAGUCUCCCCUGUACCUCAGACGUAGGAGGAGCCUCGGCCUGAGCAGCGCGGUCGCCAUGGAGACGGACGAACGCGAGGAUAACCCGUUCUUUAAGGGAGAGAAACUGCGGCACGUCGCCGCCAAGAAGUCGCCGGAGUUGUCCCGCCAGAAGCGCUACUGAGGGACGGGCAGGGAUGGGGAAAGGGACGGCUGACGGUCUCCCCGUCAUACAAAGCUACAGACUUCCUGGGUUGUUGCCACACAUCCUCCUACAUAUCUGUCAAACAUUUGUUAUCUUAACACUGGCCAGAAAUUUGGCAUCCCUUAGCAAAUCGUUGAAGUGAAAUAUCAAAGUCAAAUGCUGUCAUACGAUACCCUGAAUGAGGCAUGCAACCUCUUAGAGGACACAUUGGGUCAAGUUAAAAUGCAGGACUUCCGACGUGGUGCCAGUCACAUUUCAGAAGAAACGUUUAGAAAUCUUAAAGAGGUCAGUGUUUUAUCAAGGAGGCUUUAUUUGUUAUAACGAGCCAUGUAACGCCCGGGUACGUGCCAUCUAUGUUAGUUAUGCUAUAGAAAUUCUCCGCUCACUUCAGACAAAUUAAUAGUACUACAGAUCACGAACGUACCGGCGCGUUCAGUCGCAACAGACGUCACUGCCAUCGUCAAGGACACAACUAGCCUCUACCAGGCUGCGUUAGUAGCUAAAGCUUCAGCCACAAACAUCGUACAAUGCACCGACGAUGUUUGAGAGGAAACCCGUGACAUCGUAGGUAGGUGCAUCGUACGAUCGUACGGUUUGUAUGUGACCGGGGGUCAAAAAGAGCAGAAAUCAGCCAAAUGGGGUGAAAAAUUCCCCUUUUCAACUUUAAAACGUUACGGACUUCGGCAGGCCAGUUGGGCUUUAUGUGACAAGCUUAUAACGCAAACGACGAAUCAUUCACAGUAUUUGUCCAAUUUGUACUGUUGUUUAAAGACCCUAAGGAGUCUGGUGGAGACUAAGACUGAGCUGAGAAAGGGAAAAGCAAGAUGGAGUUCCUGAGUGGCUUUUGUCAUGUGUUUGUUGCUUUCGUAUUACUUGUGGUUGGUGUUUGUUGUUUCAUAUGAUGUACCUGAAAUAUCUAAUGGUACGGAGUUCCAAAUAUGCAGUAUGUGAAUAUCACAACGUCUUUGUCAGGCGACGUAUAACCAUGUACAUUGUGCAAUGCUGCCGCGAGUUUCCCUUUGAUUUCCCUCUCGACUAAUCGUCAAGCAGAUGUAAGGACAUAGCCCGGUUCUUAAAGCCUGUUGUACAACUUUCGGUAUGUUUUUCUAGUACUGCUCCUAGAAGGAGGCGAACCUUAAAAGUGCAAUAGUAGAGAGGCAUACUACUAGUAACUGUUACCAACGAGCACUCAGAACACUGGGACUGAUCCUUACAUCUUCUUGGAGAUCGUCACCGCCAGCUUCUGCGUAGAGUCUACUGUGGAGGCUAUGUUAUUAAAGAUGCCAAGACGUACGCGUAAUUCAUUGUAAAUCAAGACUGAACUGUAAUUUCCAACACAAGAAACUGGCCACGUUAUGCAGAUGACAUACAAGCAAUGGAUCAUAAGUAGUAGAAAGUUUGUGGCACCCCCCGUCUCUGCUGGGGAAUGGUUCUCUUGCCCUGACACUGACUGGAGUUGGUGAGUCGAAACUUUAGGGAAACUAUGUUGUGUGUAUGUGUGUAUUGGAAAUCACAGUUCAACCUUGCCGCAGUCAUGACAUCUACCAACACAGAUGGACUUUCAAGCUAUGUACACAGAAGGAUUGGAUGACUAAAUUCUGCCUGUAACUCUGGUCAGGAUUUGAUACGUUUAACAAAAUGUAUAAAAUGGAUUAUAAUGAAGACUUCAAGCCGGCUGCUGUUCGAAUCGACGUGCCUGAUGACAUGUUGUGAGGAGAGUUCUAUUUUAAGUAUCAGAUUCGAUACAAACGGACGCAUAACGACGGUCUCCAAGCAGAUGUGUGGUGUUCUGCAUUAAAAUUGAAACAGGCCCGAACCACACAUCUGUUUGGAGAUCAGCUACGCAGGGGUCUAUAGAUAGCGUGGGGUGGGAAAGUUAAAGUUUGUUUGCCAUGCUUAAUGUCCGUCUGUCGGGCGGUUGAACUGCUAAGAAAAUCAACAUGUCAAAGGCAGAAAGACUUUUGUGUGAUGAAAUAUACAUGGUCAAGCAGAGAGAGUAUAUGAUAACAUACAGUCAGAAGUUAUCACCCCAUUUACAACAUAUACAUCACUGCGACUUUGGUUGGAUGUACAGAAGUUUACAAGAAACUUUGGUUGUGGUGGUGAACGUUGACGUAAGAAGGAUAUUCUCUCUAAACGAAAUCUGACUACACAGAAAUAUCUCUUAUUCUUAUUAUCCCGUCGUCAUGGCAUACUUGAGAAGACAGUUGUUGUUUGUGUGUAAGUUUCCUUACUGUGGCGAACUUCAGAGGAAAUAAAGAUACGUGCAUAAA